CUAGGUGCCAAGUCCGAAGUGGUUCGAAGUCGUGCCCAUUUCAAACGUUAUCAAUCUCAUCUUUAAUAUGUCGCGGUGAUGUUGAAUGUUUUGUGUUGAUAUUGCAUUCACUCAAUGUUAUAUUUUGAAAAAUAUCUCCUAAAAAAUAUAAAUUGGAAAGAAAGUGACCUAGUUCAUAAUAAUAUCGACGUUUAUAAAUUCGAUCAACUGGAGUUCGAAAGCGACUGCCGUUGUGGGCGCUGUUUCAUAAAAUUAAAUAGCGAGUGUCAUCCGUGUCGAAUUGUUUGUACAGCAUGAUGUUCAUUUGCUCUAAAAUAACUCGUUACGAAGUAUUAUUUAUUGUAGCUCUGGGGCUAUUUACCCACGUUUCGUGUCAAUUUCCAAGUAAGUUUUUUAUAUCUUUGUUGAAAAUUCAAAUAGUAUAACUGCAAAGCCAUUUCCUAUGACAAAAUGCAUUUAGUUGUACAGGUUUUAGAUUUUAAAUCCAUUGGUUGGAUCUUCCCUUAAUGAUUGAAAUCGUCUGACAUUUAAAGAGGGAUUACAAAGAUAAUGUAUACGCAGUACAUGUGCUAUUUAAACUUGACAAUGUGCUACUGGAUCUACUGCUAUGUCACACUUUUUUUUUACUUAUUUCUAAAUAUUAUAUGUCAAAUCACGAUAAAUUACAAAGACGAAUAUAAAGUGAGGUCGAAAUUUUCGUGAGCCUUGUUUCUCGGGUCAGAAAAAAUGAUAAAGACUAUAAUAGUAUUUACUUUCACAUACGGCAACAACACAUUGGUUCAUUGGGCAUUCACUAUCACUUAUAAAUAAAAUAUGGGCCGGUUGUUCAAUGCUGGACUAGCGCUAACCCUAGGUUAAAAUUUAGCCUCCUGUUUUAGUUUGUGUAUUUCUACACGUCUGUUUAUUUCAAAACGUCAGAGAGAAAACUCCUAUCGAUCCAGACAAGAUCUCUGAAGAAAUAUUUCCAAAUUUAUAGACAAGCUGUCAGGAAGUUUGCUUUGAAUUUCAGGUUAACCUAGUGUUAAGCUAAUCCAGCUUUGAACAACUGGCCCCAGACGUUUUUGUUGUGUUAUAAAUUGUGUUCACCCUUCAAUCUACCAGCAUUUGUGGCCAGUUGAUAUCUCAAGUGACCACACAUGAACAAUAAAAACAAACAAAUUGAUUAAAUAUAUUGAAGCUAUUAUCCUUUUACCUGUAUUGGGCAUAUAUAAGCCCCCCUCCCCCCAGAUAUAGCUAUUAAUAGUUGAGUUGGACAAAUACCAUAUAGUAACUUCCUAUCUAUGUUCCAUAUUUGAAAAAAUGGGCGGUAAAUUUGAAACAAACUUUGUAACAAACUUUGUUGAUGAACUUGGCGAAUUUGGUGAAUGCCAAUGUUAGUUUAUAUUAGAAAUUUGGACACAGACAAAUUAUAAAACUUGUAAACAAAUUGAAAAACUCAAUAAUUUAUGAAUCCCUUUUCACAUCAAAGUGUGUGUUACCUGUCCUGUUAGAGAGCGCAUUGUAGAUUUGUGGCAAUGGAAACUGGAAGGGAAAUUCAAAGAAGAACUGAAGGCAAUGUAAAUGCAUGUGAGCAUGAAGCGACUUAGAGGUUUCAAACUUCAUUAACUGAUGAUGUUGUAACAUAUAUUGAAUUUUGUAAAGCAACAAAGCCAAGUACCUUAAUUACACUGCUGAAAUUCAAACAGCUUUAACAGAAAAUAGAGUUUGUUUACCAGAAAACGUUUCAUGCCAUCUCCAUUACUACAUCUCCAUUAUGUCAGGGCUUUCAGAAUUAUACUGAGUAGGUGUCUGUUUUUAUAAAGUAGGCGGCUGUUGGGAGGGGGCGGUCUAGGGGGUCUUAAAGUCAUCCAAAUUAACUAGUGUAAAUUGAUUAGAUAGCACCACAGCUGAGCUCUGUAACCAAAUUAUAAUUUAUCAUUACUUUCAUUCUUCAACAAGUUCAACCAGGUAACUUCAAGAUUUAAGAUGGCAAAUAACUAAAUCAGUUUUACGAAAUAGUACAUCGUUUUCGAAAAUAACCAGGCUAUAAAGUAGACCAGAUUGACAAAAAAUAACUUUGUUUGAAAGCUUAGAGUGAAGGAAGGAGAGCAGAAUUGAUAUUGCAAGUACUAAACAAGUAACCGGCUGUAAACCUCGUAGCACCUGCCGGAGCUCUGGCAACCGCCAGCUUAUUUUGAAAGUCCUGUAUGUGUCACCCAAACUGACAUAAAUGAAAGACGAAACAUGAAAUAGAUGAAUAUCAUGAUAUCUGCGACAUAAACCAUAAAAAUACGACGUUUAAAACUGUCAAACUAUUAUUAUUAAAUAAUACAUCUAAAGUUUUGAAAACUGUAUCAAGCCACCUUAAGUGGCAGUUUAAGCAUGAUUACUAGGCUUAUAAUUUUAAUGACUCUGCUUGAGUAUAGAAAAGCAUCUAUAAAUAUUGCUUUUAUUGCUUUAUUUAUCUAUUGCUUUUUAGUUUGUUGGCCAUGCUUGGACUAAAGCAUGGUUAUUACAAAUGCAACUGAUCUCAAAUGUAUACUUUGCAAAACUGAAAUUGAACAAGUAUUACUUCUAUGUGAUGAAGUUCAAACUACAGUAGAGUAGGAGUAGGCAAGAAAUGUGGGACUAUACUUCCACCUAAAGUAGUUCUAAGGUUGGAUCGUUGCAGUCUGCAACAGACAGCAGCCAUAAUUAUGUGUCGAUCCUGAUAAUGCGUCCUCCAUAUUUGUUGUCAAAAUAUAGCCUAAUUUGACCCAUAAAGAGCGUGAAUGACAUAACAGGUCUAUUAGCUCUGCAUACAAGAUUGAACAUAAGCAGGAUAAGGAUGCAAGUAAUGCAACUAUGCUAUCAUUGCUAAUCCUUCCUAAUGGAUGACAAUGAUGAUCACAAUGAUAAUUCAGUUAUAGGAAAGUUGAGUUAAUUAAACUGACAAAACUAUAAUUAUACAGUAAUACUAAUAUGAAUAUAUUUUGGCUCAUAAAAUGGCUCUUAUAUAUGUAUACUGUAUGUACAUUGAAUAAUACUAAUAAUAGUGUCUAUACUCUUUUUUAUUAGAUUUUAUAGUUCGAGAAAUUGGCUCAUCCAUCAACUUCACAUGUCCUGAUGAUUUAACCAACAACCACACAUAUAAAUUUUCUGCUCUAAAAAAGCAGGCAACACCUGAGUUGAUAACACCUGGUGCAAGGAUCAAACUACUUGGACCUAUCUUGAUGAUUGUAGACCUGGAGUGGGAUGAUAACGGACAAUACUUUUGUUCUAUUUACAAUUCAAAUGGCAAUCAGAUAGGAAAUACAAAAUCUCUUGCUAUACUCAGUCUUAAAACAGGUAUUUAUAUGUUUCCUGCCACAGGUUCGAUCCCUGCCAGGGACUUAAAGUUGCAUUUUUCACAUCUGUUCCUGGUUAGGCAGGGUGCGAUAAUUCGCGUACCAACGUACUGGCGGUACGCCAAAUUUAUGGUCUGGUACUUCUUUGUUUUUAGGCAAGUACCAGGUAGGUACGCGGAAAUUUACUAUUCGCGUACUUACAUUUUCCUUCUAGCAAUAACUAGCAGACCUGCCAAAGUAUUCAAAACUGUAAAGAACUUUAGCUGUACAUGUAAAUUUCACGCAUCCGACAUAUUUUGGGAUGAAAAAAGCCAAAAGGUUAUCUUUGCGCUUGAUCAAAAAAUUUAUCGUCAUUGUCCGACUGAAAAAAAUCGCUGGGGUGAGCGAUUUUAAAACCGUUAUCGUCAAACGCCGAUAAUUUUAUCGUUUUCGUUGUAAUGUGGACACCAACAUAAUUUUUUACGAAUCAUCGCGUGCUUACAAGUUACAAGUAAUUGUCAAUGCUAUUACCAAGGUCUAAAAAAAAUACCUGCGGUUUCCCGACCGACCCUAUUUUUUUCUGCCCACCCUACUAUUUUUUUCAACACGAUUGACCGUGCGACGUUUUUUGAGGCCCAAUGAGGAAAACUACACUGUAUCAUAGAUAUCUUAUAUAAACUAGAUAGCGCAUCUCUUUUAAUAAAAUUGAAGCCAAGAAUAUUCCAGCGGUUACCCCCAUUUGAAUAGAUGGCGGCCAUGUUGGAGUUUCCCACUCGCUAAUAAACGCUUAAAAAACAACAAUAACUUUCAUCAUUUGAAUAGUUUGAAAAUGUAUUUGGAAUAGGUUUAACUUAAUAUUUAAGUUCCCUGUUUAAGAAAUAGAAAACAUAUGAGUCUUCUCAUUUCAUGGGAAUAUCCUGAGUCUGCAAUCACGGCUUCAAUUUUUGAAUUGCAGAAUAAUUUGAUGCACUAUCUAGUGUAUAUAAGAUAUCUAUGCACUGUAUGUAGCUGAGGUCAGACUGUUAGCACCAUCGGUAAAUCCACUGUAAAUGAGCCAUGGCAUUCGAGUCACAACGUCAAGGCUUAUGUUGUACAAAUACCAUAAUUAAAGAUUCAUUUGUACAAAAUUGCACAUACAUUUUUUGCUUUUGGACCAGUAAACUAUAUACAUAGCUAUAAAAACCAUGACUCGGAAGUAGUCUUAGGUACGUCUUGACUCUCAAGUCUGUACCAGAUCAGGUACGCGGCAAAAGUUGUCAGAGUACCAGUCAGGUACGGCUAAAAAUAUUGAAUUAUCGCACCCUGGGUUAGGUCUAAUAAAUAUAUAUAAAUUUCCACUCAAUAAUGUCCAUCUACAACACCCUUCAACAGCAUUAUUCAAUCGAGUGAGAUGCCAGCAAAAUCUUGAUAUAUAGUAGAACCCUAUCACAGUGUUUUACAGUACAAUAUACCUACCAACAGUACAUUAGGACCAGGCAUAAAGUAUGGGGGGGGGGGGGCUGGAGAAAUCAAAUCUUCAACUGUAUAUUUUUCCUUGGCCCACCCCUGGAAUAAGGCUUAAUUAUCAAUGGCCCACCCUUUAAAGUCUUGCACAAAAUUUAAUGACCCACCCUUUGUUAAAGACAACAACAGGCCGGAAACUCGUCACUUUCUAUUGGUGAUAUUUUUUACGCCUUUCAAAUUCAAUUUCAGUUUCAUACAUGAUUUAUUGCUUGGAAAACACCAAAACUUUACAUAUGACUCUUUUAUAAUAUAGUAAAAUCAAACCUGCAGAGUGUAAUCAUUAAGUUUUAACCCUUACGGAUCACUUAUUAUUGUCAAACUUACCAUUUGCUCUGUACUUCAAAAUUAACUGAAAAGAUCUUUCUACCUUUCAUUUUUGUUCUGUGUAAUUUGUUAUUCUCAAUAACUUCGUAAUAAUUUGUCUUUCCCUUGGUCUCAUCCUUCUCCUCUGCAAAUUCUACCUAUAACCCCCUUAAAAAACCCUGCUGGAGAAGAUUGUUAGGCGGAAACGCGUACAGGGUUGCAUUUCCUACUCUUUUUCAAUCUCUCGCCUUUAUCGGUAACCGAUCGUUUCUCCAACGAGUCGUUUCGUCAACUGUCAGUUCGCCAACGUUCUUAUGUCAGUUCGUCAACGCAACGUUUAAUCAUGGAUGAUUUAGAAGUAUUUUACAAUCCAUGGUUUAAUAGUUCACGUCUUUAUGAUGUGAAACCAUGAAACGCAAACAAUGUUUGUAGAAAAUAUGUUGGAACGUUGGUGAUCAAAAGCGUCACUAGCCGUGACUAAUUACCGUCGGUGGGUGUCUUUGGUUAUUCUUCUAUGCUCUAUUGUGGAAUUUUGUUUGUGCAGAGUAUGGUUAAUCUUUGUAUUGUUUGACGCUUAGUUUGAAAGCUCGAUCUUCAGUUGUGUUUACUUUCACACAUUUCGACAUUUCGUGAGUUUAAGCCCCUAUAAAAAAUUACUUGUUUAUACCUGUAGAUACAUUCAACACCUAUCUUAGCAGAGCUUGUGAUCUAUUCGACAAUGUCGACAAUUUACUAUUCGACAAUUUACGGACCAUUCCAUCGUUUUCUACGAACUUAACGCUAGUUUCCAAGAUUCCAGCAAAAACUCCAGUUGCAACUAAAGAUUCCAGCAAAAACUCGUAGAUGUAUACGACUACAGAAAAGGAGACUUCGAAGGCUUGCGUUCUGCGUUGUCGGCCAAGAACUUGUGUUCAAAUCUAGAACACGAUGAUAUAAACAUUGACUGGCAAAGUUGGAAAAAUAGCUUUCUCCAAACGGUGUCAAAGUACGUUCCACGUAAGAAAAUAAAAGGAAUCCUUUGCCUUAGAUUAUAGGGAACAUCUUAAACGGUUAAACCUUAUAAACAAAAAUAACACUGUUCGAAGGAAAUUGAAAUCAUGCCCGACCAUGCAGUCAUUUGGCGCAGAAAACAGAAAUUCAAAGAACUGCGUACAGCUGUCAAGAAUAUGCUCCGAGAGAGCCGGGAAAACUGCUUUAAAAUCCAAAACGCCUUUGGUCAAGAGUAAAGAACAAAUCGAAGUCGCGCAACAUUCCAAACGCUGUUUCCUCUGCGGUAAACUCAGGUACGAACCAAGACCGGCGAGAUUCAGCGCAGAUAAGCCAACUGAUAUUGCCAACAUGUUCAACAGCUGCUUCACGUCAGUAUAUACAUCAGCUGACAAUUACGAGGACACAGCUGAUCAUGAGCAAGCUAAACCUGCAGUAAUGACAGACCUCGCCCUCUCAGUUGAGAAAGUGCAAGCAGUACUUGGAUCUCUUGACUGUACGAAAGCUACUAGACCUGAUGGCAUUCCCGCGCGUUUACUAAACAAGACAGCUUCCGUGAUUUCACCAUCUCUGUGUAAGCUAGAACGCUGCGUUUUCUUUAACAUCAAAGACUGUUCCAGCUGAUCCAGAAACUGCAACAUGGAUUUAUUUCUGGUAAAUCAUGUGCAGGUUACUAACCUCUUGGAAGUCCUGGACUACACCGGCUCGGAAUUAGAUAAUGGUGGUCAAGUAGAUGCUAUUUAUCUGGACCUGUCUAAGGCUUUUGACAAAGUCAGUCACUCGAGACUCAAACAUGCGCAUGGCUGGAUUUGGCGGCAACUCAUCCAAUGGUUCGACUCCUACCUCACGAAUCGCCAACAACGUGUAGCUGUACUUGGAGCAACUUCUACCACCCUCCCAGUUACUUCAGGUGGUCCUCAAGGCUGCAUACUUGGUCCUGUCCUCUUUGCCCUGUAUGUCAACGAUCUUCCUGAUGCUGUGAAAUUCAGUCAAGUUGCAAUGUUCGCAGACGACACAAAACUGUUUUCAAUCAUCACAACUGAGAAUGACUGCGAACACCUACAAAAUGACCUGCACAACCUACGAGUUUGGUCGUCAGAGUCUGGCCCCUCGUUCAACGACAAGAAGUGCAAAGUCCAACACAUUACCAGAAAAUUCACGCCACUAACAACAACGUACAAACUAUCGUCAAAUUUAGAACAAAUUGAGUGUUGGUCCAGAAUUACUUCACCUGGAACAAACAAGUUUAUGAUCAGUUGGCGAAAGCAAAUAAGUUACUGGGCUAUAUCACUCCGGAAGGUCAACGUUAUACAUCCAUAA